GGCCGCCGACCCGACAACCUAACUCAUACUUUGUACAUCGGAAUCUACGCAAUGCCAAUCCAGCAACGAGCCGAUUCCCCAGAUCUGCCCCCCCCCACCCGCUUCGUCGAGUAUGGGCUUCGUCCCAAGCUCGAGGCCUCGCGGACCGCAAUGCGCGUCUACCUGAGUCUUCUGGCCAGCCAGCGUAGCGGAGAUCAGGGCCUUGAGCUACGCAUCAGACAACAGUCGGAGAUUGUGCUGGAAAAUCUGCGCCCCUUGCGAAAAGAGGUGGUGAACAUUGGGAGGGAUGCCAGAGCCAAGAGGGGACGCACCUGGGGGGUUGGCGCCUGCAUCGCAUCUCUCGCGCCCUGGAUUGCGCCCUGGGUCGCCAACGCCAUUUCCCCCGAGGGUGCCGUGCCGUGGCGGACGGAGCAUACCUUCAAUCGCAACCCCCACCUACUGAUGCACAACCUGGCGCUCCUGAGAUCGAGAUGCAAGUCCACGAUCACGUUUGCUCUAGUCGCGCUCGCGGUCUUGUUUAUUUCCCGUAACGAGCUCGUGAUUCAUGCCAGCCGUAGCAUCUCAACGAGACUGCAGAGCCUGUGUGCAGGGGUUGAAAGCCGUGAUCCUAGUGCGGCAGACGUGGACGACGAAGCAUUGGAGGGCUGGGACUGGAAGAUACUGUAA